GUCGAAAAACAGUUGCAAAGUUGUUGCAUCAUGUAAGUACACGAGCUGAAAUUUGGAAAUAAGUCCUCCUUUUCGGGCAAUCGAUCGACGAAUCGCAUAUUAGUUGUCAUGGGGAGAUUCGUAAAUACGCGCUAGUCACGUAUUCGAAAUUCGCCGACACUUUUAGAUCGUAGUGUCAACGUUUUAUUUACAUCGUUAAAUUCGCAGUGAUUUUUUGCACGAGUAUACAUACUUUGUCAUCUGAAUCGCGUUAGUUCGAGCUGUGAUUUCGCCACUGGUUACACGUUAACUUAUCAAAAUGAUGCUCGCAAGAGUGUGCCGAGGAUCACUCGUUCCUCAAACGGCGUUAUUCAAAGCGCCCGUGGUCACCAAGCCUCAGCUUUCCAAGAUCCAAGUUGUCAGGCUCUACGCCAGCGAUGGACGCAGUGCUUUCACCAGGACAGCUCGUAGGGGAGCUACCAUCUCUGAGAAGGUCAUUGCCCCAGCUGGAGAGACUGCAUUUAACAUUGGCAAAGGAGCCGUAGCUGGAGGAGCUGCUUUGGGAGUAGGAGCACUUUGCUUCUACGGUUUGGGUCUUUCUUCCCAAACAGGAGCCAUAGAUAGAGCAGGGUUAUGGCCGCAGUAUGUGAAAGAUCGUAUUCACACUACCUACAUGUAUUUUGGCGCCUCCGUAGCUACGAGUGCCCUGUCAGCAGUUGCUUGCUUGCGAUCUCCAGCUAUGAUGAACUUGGUCAUGCGUCAGGGAUGGAUGGCUCUGGUCGGCACUAUGGUGGCAAUGAUGGGCACUGGAAUUUUGUGUCAAAGUAUUCCAUACCAAGAGGGUUUUGGAACUAAGCAGAUAGCUUGGCUGGUCCACACCGGAGUUGUUGGUGCUGUUUUGGCUCCAUUGUGCCUUCUUGGUGGCUCCCUGGUCCUGAGGGCUGCUUGGUACACGGCUGGUGUAGUCGGAGGUCUUUCAGCUGUGGCUGUCUGUGCCCCAAGCGAGAAGUUCCUGAACAUGGGUGGACCACUGGCUAUUGGUCUGGGAGUGGUAUUCUGCAGCUCCAUUGGUACCAUGUUCCUUCCACCCACAACAGCUUUCGGCGCUGGUCUUCACUCUAUCGCGCUCUAUGGUGGAUUGAUUCUGUUCUCCAUGUUCCUGUUGUAUGACACCCAACGUAUCAUCAAGAAGGCAGAGACUCAACCACAGUACCAUUAUAACACCAUUGCUCCAUUUGACCCCAUCAACAACGCAAUCUCAAUCUACCUCGACACAAUCAACAUCUUUGUCCGAAUCCUCACCAUUCUGGCUGGAGGCGGCAGCAGGCGCAAGUAGAGUAACGUUAGCUUAAAAAUACACCUAUCUAAUUAAGGUCAUUGUGAGAAAUUGUAUGAUAUAAAUUAUCAAGUAUUACAACGUUGUUUUACAUAAAAUAAAAUGUAAAGUAAAUCUACCACCAUGUGAGCUUGAUAUUGAAAGGCUUCUGAUAGAAGUAAAACGCGAAAACGAGUAGCUUUAGCUUAACUAGUUGUAAUUUUUUCAAUGAAACGAAUAUAUAUUUAUUUCUAUAUUUACGAUCCUCUUUCCUUUCAGUCCUUGCGUAGAUAAAUAAUAAGUAGCAAAAUUUUAUUCGAUGCAAGAGAUUAAUUUACGUUUCCUUUGAAAUUACUCAUGGACUGUAAUAUUUAUUUUUUUUACAAAAAAAAUAAUAAAGUUAAAAUCGAAUAAAA